UUCAAUAACAGCAAACAUCUACUAUUAAUAUCUCUAUUAAUAGAGCAGAACAACACUUCCUUCUGUUAGAUUUGUUUGUUUAUGAAAAAAUGCAUAGAUUGGUAUAUCUUUUUUAUCAAUUUUUAUUGGAUCGCUAAAUUUCAAACCGAAAAUGAGACAAUGCUACAUCGGUCUAAGUUGAAUCAUGGGUGCUUCUAAAUAAUUCGUUAAACGUGAAUUUUAAUAUAUAUUUUAAAACAAAGUAUGGAAUAUACAUUAGAGGAUGCUUUUGAUUCAUUGGUGGAGAGACAGAGGAAAAUAGAAGACACUAUUGAAGAUCUGAUAGACAAAAUAUCAAACAAUGAAGUCUUUACUGUAAAUACACCAGAAGAAGUGAGAAUCAAACAGAAUAAAUUGCAUGAGAGCUUGUGUAAGAAAAUCCGACAGGUGGAACCUGAAGAUUAUCCAAUUUUGAGAACAUCUGACUUACGUUCAGAAGUGAUAAUUGAGUUGGAGGCAGAGAUUCACGACAUGCAAAAGCUCUACAAUAAACUGCAGGAAAAACUUUCCGACAUCCAGGAGGAUAUUGUUUAUUUAAGAAAUAAAAAAGACGGGCUGAGUAAAAUGCAGAAAGUUUAUCUGGAGGAUGCUACAGAAACCUUUGCAAAGAAGACAUACAAGAAGGAAUAUAACUUAAUAAAAUAUUUAUUUCACCGAGCAAAGAAAGAUCUGAAAACUGUGGUAGGCAUAAUUUUUCCGAACAAUGAUGACUUUAACAGGUUAUUAGAGAUGCUAACGUCAGCUUACGUGAAAGGGGGAGAUGAUGUUUAUGUAGAUGUCACAUCUGUCGCAUUACGUUACGUAAAUAUUCUACUGGAAGCUGAUAUAAUACAAUACCAUCCUAAUAAUAAGACUAAAAUUAGAAUAAUCGAAUUAUUAUGA